CUGCUGUGUACAUGUGUACAGUGAGACGUCCUUGUGUCCGACAAAUGCAUUUCGAUUCCAUUGCAAUGCAUCAAGCCACAUCCUCUCCAUCCCUAUCUCGAUGAUAAGCCGCAAGGAUGUCGUCCAGGUCCUGCCGCCACCUGCGCGCACAUUCCAUCCACGCAAAUCGACAUUGUACAGCCGCACCCCACCCCCCCCGCUCACCUGCUUAUCUUCCAUGCCGGCUUCAAAUCGACGUCGGUCUGAUCGAUCAACAAAUCAAAACACAUACUCAUGGGCCAGUAGCCCGUCAGUGAGCACAUGCGCGUCUCUCACUUCAUGCUGUUCCUUACCACCAUCACACGAUACCACACCUCUAUGUCUCCACUCUGAUACGGCACUCGCUGAUACCGCCGACUUGUCAGUGCGUCACGAAGCGACUCGUCGCUCUCCGGCGUGACAGCAAGGUUCACCAUCAAGCUGACGUCCAUAAAAGUCCGAGCCAUAAGGUACCGAGCCACCCAUUCCACAGCCGCACUGCUCGAGGUGGGCGUCCGGACAAUCGCCUGGCCGGCUUGAUGAUGUCGGUAUUGCAGUGUGUUCCAGCCAUUGUCUGCGUGAGGGAGGACGUCAGAGGGACUCACAACUGUGAGCAGCCCCGGGAGAUCAGUUUGUGAUGCAUUGAAGAAGGAGAGGACCGCCUGAAGGACAGGCAACAUCAAUCACUCGACACAUCAACGUGCCGAUGUCUCACCUGGUCGUAUAUAGCCGCAGCUUCUUCAGAGUCCCCAGGGUCUACUUUCUGCCUGUCCUCCUCGGUCAUGCUCGCGUAGACGUCCUCGGCUGUCUUUUGCUGCCCCGCGCCCCAAGAUUGAGCUGCCAGAAGCCCAACCAAGAGGUCGCCGACCAGAGGCGGCGUCUCUCCCUCCCCCGCAAAGAUCGGCGUCAGCACAUCCAGCAGGAACUGCCGUUUCUCGCCUGGGAUACUUGCUUGAUGUUCUGAGGACUGUUGGCCCUUCCGUCUUUCGUUGAAGUAUCGGAAGUUAUUGCGCGGCACGUCCAUGAUGGCCAUCAGGGCACGUUGAAAGCGCGAAGCGUCCAAAGAGUGGAAAUCUGCCGGAUUAUAGGCACUUCUUUGGGCGAAUCGAGGGUCCGGAUUGGCCUUCUCCUUCAUGACGAAACGAGUCGGCAGAUUCUCGACAUCGACCAGGCCGCACUUGGGCUUGAUCUCGAGAGAGAUGAUCUGUACGCUCUCGGCGUCACGAGGGAGGGAAGACGUGGCAAGGUCCUCUUCCUGCAUCCAUCCAAACAUACAUACCAUGGGGGGUGCGGGUAUCUAUAGCCAGUGCGACAGAUAGCUCCCUGCAGACACCUGUUUGUCUGUCUGUCUGUCUGUCUGCAGACCUGCGUGGCUUCAAUGUAGUCGUCGUGUCCAAGGGACAAUACUCCCGGCUCUCCCUCUUGCAGUCGGUGGGCAGGUCUGUGUGUUUCUGCCCGAGCAAACAGGGCACUCACGAAAGGAAUCGGGAGACGGACAACCUUGCUGUCGUACGAGUAGCGGGGCGUCAGGAGGGCCCUCGAGAGACCAACUAGGUGCCGCUUGGCGCGGGCGACUCGGGGGUGCUUCUUUGGGACCCGCAGGACGCAGCCCCUGAAAGGAUGAGAAUCAGAGCCGCGGAACCCGAACACAACUGAAGGAAGCAGAAAGGCCCAUGUAAGAGAGAGCUCCGUGCGUGUGUGCGAGUGUGAAAGCCGUCUGCGUACCGUGCAGGCCGCCUUCUGCGAUGUAUUGCCAGUCCUCCGGUGUGAGGUCGUCCUCCGGUGUGAGGUCCGACAUGACAUGAGGGUCUGUGACGCUGAGACGUACGUGUACGCAACUGCGGUGCCAAGAAUAG